GCCCAGGCCAGGAUUGUGUUACUUCCCGGCCCAUAGCCUGCGGGCCGCGGCCCAGUCCAUUUCUUCACAGCCCCAACCGCGAUUAAAACCCUGCACGCAAUUCUCCCCGUCAGGCGUCAAGCUCCCACUUUCCCUCCUUCCAUUCCCUCCAAAUCUCCAGCAACAAGUUCAUAGAGAGUGCGAGAAAAUACCACUACACAAGCGGCUGAAAGUGUGCGGUAAAGAAUGGGGAAGGACGAGGAGGAGAUGAGAGGGGAGAUCGAGGAACGGCUGAUCAACGAGGAGUACAAAAUCUGGAAGAAGAACACGCCGUUCCUGUACGAUUUGGUUAUCACGCAUGCCCUCGAGUGGCCUUCGCUCACCGUCGAGUGGCUUCCUGUCCGGGAGGAGCCGCCGGGGAAGGACUACUCCGUGCAGAAGAUGAUUCUCGGCACGCACACCUCCGAGAACGAGCCCAAUUACUUGAUGCUUGCCCAGGUACAGCUGCCCUUGGAGGAUGCCGAGAACGAUGCGCGACAGUACGACGAUGAGCGGUCCGAGGUCGGUGGCUUCGGCUGCGCCAAUGGGAAGGUACAAAUAAUCCAGCAAAUAAAUCAUGAUGGCGAGGUUAACCGAGCUCGAUACAUGCCUCAAAAUUCAUUUAUUAUUGCCACCAAAACAGUUAGUGCAGAAGUCUAUGUAUUUGAUUACAGCAAACACCCCUCUAAGCCUCCUCUAGAUGGUGCAUGCAGUCCUGAUUUGCGGUUGAGAGGCCACAGCACUGAAGGUUAUGGUCUAUCAUGGAGUCAGUUCAAGCAGGGUCAUCUACUGAGUGGUUCUGAUGAUGCCCAGAUCUGCUUGUGGGACAUAAACGGCACUCCUAAAAACAAAGCACUUGAGGCUAUGCAAAUUUUUAAGGUUCAUGAAGGUGUUGUAGAAGAUGUAGCGUGGCAUUUGAGGCAUGAAUACUUAUUUGGUUCUGUGGGGGAUGAUCGGUACCUGCUUAUAUGGGACCUCCGGACUCCUUCAGUUAGCAAGCCUGUCCAGUCUGUUAUGGCUCACCAAAGUGAGGUUAACUGCUUAGCUUUCAAUCCCUUUAAUGAGUGGGUUGUAGCAACAGGAUCUACUGAUAAAACCGUUAAGUUGUUUGACCUACGCAAGAUUAACACUGCUCUCCACACAUUUGAUUGCCACAAGGAGGAGGUUUUCCAGGUUGGAUGGAAUCCAAAGAAUGAGACUAUCUUAGCUUCGUGUUGCCUUGGCAGGAGGCUGAUGGUGUGGGAUCUUAGCAGGAUUGACGAAGAACAGACCCCAGAGGACGGAGAAGAUGGACCUCCAGAGCUGCUUUUCAUUCACGGUGGCCACACAAGUAAAAUUUCAGAUUUUUCAUGGAACCCUUGUGAAGAUUGGGUCAUUGCUAGUGUAGCUGAAGACAACAUACUUCAAAUCUGGCAGAUGGCAGAGAACAUCUACCACGAUGAAGAUGAUUUACCUGGAGAUGAAUCCACAAAAGCUUCUUAGUCGUAGUUCCCCUUCAUACCUUCCAUGUGACACUCUGUAAUCUAUAUGGCUGUGUUUGAGCUGAACUGCUGUAUUUUAAUGGGUUAUAAAUCAUUUUUAUCUGCAUUGCUUA